AUGCCGUUUGGAAACACCCACAACAAGCUGAAGCUGAACUACUCCUCUGAGCAGGAGUUCCCGGACCUCAGUCAGCACAACAACCACAUGGCCAAAGUUCUGACUCCUGACAUGUACAACAACCUGCGAGACAAGGAGACGCCCAGCGGCUUCACCCUGGACGACCUGAUCCAGACCGGGGUGGACAACCCAGGUCAUCCGUUCAUCAUGACGGUCGGUUGCGUCGCCGGAGAUGAAGAAACGUACGAAGUCUUCAAAGAGCUGCUGGAUCCAGUUAUCGAAGACCGUCACGGAGGCUACAAACCAUCGGACAAACACAAGACCGACCUGAACUCUGAGAACCUGCAGGGCGGAGACGAUCUGGAUCCAAACUACGUCCUGAGCUCCCGGGUGCGGACCGGUCGGAGUAUCCGCGGGUUCUGCCUGCCGCCACACUGCAGCCGCGGAGAACGCCGCGCCAUCGAGAACCUCUCCCUUGAAAGUCUGGACAUCCUGGACGGAGACUUGAAGGGGAAGUACUACGCUCUGAAGAACAUGACGGAGGAGGAGCAGCAGCAGCUGAUCGAUGACCACUUCCUGUUUGACAAACCCGUCUCCCCACUCCUGCUGGCGUCCGGCAUGGCCCGUGACUGGCCCGACGGUCGUGGCAUCUGGCACAACGACAACAAGACCUUCCUGGUGUGGGUGAACGAGGAGGAUCACCUGCGUGUCAUCAGCAUGCAGAAAGGAGGCAACAUGAAGGAGGUGUUCUCCCGCUUCUGCACCGGACUCACCAAGAUCGAGGGCUUGUUUAAGGAGCGAGGUCACGAGUUCAUGUGGAACGAGCACCUGGGAUACGUCCUCACCUGUCCAUCCAACCUGGGGACCGGGCUGAGGGCCGGAGUCCACGUCAAGCUGCCCAACGUCAGCAAGCACGAGAAGUUUGGAGAAGUCCUCAAGAGGCUGAGGCUGCAGAAGAGAGGCACAGGUGGCGUGGACACGGCGGCGGUGGGCGGAGUCUUUGACAUCUCGAACGCUGACCGGCUGGGCUUCUCAGAGGUGGAGCUGGUCCAGAUGGUGGUGGACGGAGUCAACCUGCUGGUGGACAUGGAGAAGCGUCUGGAGGCCGGAGAGAGCAUCGACGACCUGAUGCCCGAGCAGAAGUGA